AUGUGCAUUUCGCUCUUCUCGGCUCUUAUCAAUGCUGAAAAGACACCACGGGCGGAGCCCCCUCCAGGAUUCUCCAAGCUGACAGUUUCAGAAGCUGAAAAGGCUAUUGCGGGAAAUCUCUGUCGAUGUACUGGGUAUCGGCCCAUUGUUGAUGCCUGCAAAAGCUUUGCCGCUGAUGUUGACAUGGAAGAUUUGGGAAUCAAUUCUUUUUGGAAGACAGGAGAGAGUAAUGAAGUGAAGGCAAGUAAAUUACCAUUUCACAACCCAAGUGAUCAGAUUUGUACAUUUCCUGAGUUCUUGAAAAACGAAAUUAGAUCUUCUAUGCUUUUGUGUUCCAAAAGUAAUUAUUGGUAUCAGCCAGUUAAUGUUAAGGAGCUUACGAGCAUGCUGCUAGCUGAAAACGAUACACAGGUUAAAUUAGUUGUUGCUAACACAGGUACUGGUUAUUACAAGGAAGUAGAUCACUACGACAAAUACAUUGAUCUGAGGCACGUCUGCUGA